AUGGGGAAGGUGUAUGAGCUGGUGGAUGAGAUGGAGAGGAGGAAUGGGAAUUGCUUGCCUAAUGCUGUUACUUAUUGUUACUUGCUCAAGAGUUUGAAGGAGCCAGGGGAAGUUCACGGGGUUUUGGAGAGGAUGGAGAGGAAUGGCUGUGGUAUGAAUGAUGAUGUUUACAACUUGGUGCUAAGGUUGUACAUGAAAUGGGAUGAUGAAGAUGGUGUGAGAAAAACGUGGGAAGAAAUGGAGAGGAAUGGAUGGGGGCCAGAUAGGAGAUCAUAUACCAUCAUGGUUCAUGAGCACUUUGAGAAAGGGAGGGUGAAGGAUGUUGUGCGUUAUUUUGAGGAGAUGAUAGCUAAGGGAAUAAUGCCAGAGCAAAGGACAGAGAAGUUAGUAAGUUCCUUGAACAUUCGGGUGAAGGGGAGAACAGAAAAACGGGAAAGUAUUGAAGAGGAGAGAACUAGGCUUUGA